GCUAUGUUGGCCUUUGGGAACAAGAAGCUCAUGGAGAACAUACAGCAUUAUUAUUAGUGUGUCCAUUGUACCGUAGAAAAUGGAGAUGCAAGAUGGUCACUUCUAUAGUGAGUAUUAAAAGCUUGUUAAAAACAUAAUUCUUCUCUUUUUAACCAGGUGAUUUCAUGGUGAUUUAAAAAUACUUGGAAGUAUUAUUUGCCAUAUCUGGCAGUUCUGAAAAAUGUCUCUUAAUACUACACCUGCAGUGUAAAUCCUUAACCAAGAUAAAGAAAGAAAUGAGACUUUGCUAGAGAAUAAUGAACUCACUGAUUUUAUAAGUAACCAAUGCAGUGCCAAUUAUAAGAAUAUAGAAAUUAUGGAGAAAUAACUUGAGCUUUCCUCGUGUUCAUUUUGUUUUAAACAAAUGACACAAAAAGCACUGAAUGGGCCAUCCUGGCCAAGCCAGGCUACUGACUGACCGACUCCUGUAAGGGUUGUCUCUGUUAGAUAAUUGUGCUGUGUCUAAAAUUUGUAUAUGCCGGUGGUAUGCUGUCUCGAGAUUUUAUUCCAGGAUAUUUUUCUGGCCCUCUAGUGUCUUGUCUCUGAUGACUAUCCCGUAUUAAAAAGACGCUAAACUAACUCUAAACUAGUUCAAACAAAACCAAUACCAAGUAUUUAAAUAAUAAGAAAUAAAAACCACACAAACCAGCUCAAACGAUAUUUAAAGGUAAACAGCAACCAAAAAAAAAACAUACUUUCAAAUACAAAACACUCACUUAAAUGUAAAACUCUUGUCAUGGGCUUGCUGCAUGUUGUCGAUUUACGAUGCUCGUGCGGCGCAUACUGCUGCAGCGUCACGUGACGUCAGCCCCAGGCAGCCAGUUGUUUACCGGAGCUGCUGAUGCGUUUGUUGACGGACACCGUGCUGGCUGGCUGUCAAAAACGCACCGACGGGGGCAUAAACAGCACAGGUAAGACUGGGAAAAUUCCCGAAAAAGAAUAAUUUAUGAAAGCGAUGUAGCGAUGUAAAGAUAGAGGUGAAUGAAGUAUCAAGACAAAAGGGAAGUCAGGUCUGAAGUGUCUGUAUCAGCUGCAGCAAGCUAACCGUGCUUAGCCGAGAUGCUACCGGAGGCUCACAUCCAAAAUUAAAGCCAAACAGGAGAAACAAAACCUUUAUUUGGCUAAUGGUUUUAAUUCAGAAAGGUGGAAUAUUUGCAGGUUUUUUUUAGGUAGCCACUGCUUGUCUUAGGGGGGCAUUAGGUCCCCUGUCUGACAGUUAACCACAGUAAUGAACCAGCAUUGUUAUCAUACUUUCAAAAACAGCUUGAAUGCCGCUGAAAAGUGCUGUUUACGUUGCAUCGACUCCUCAUAGCUUUCAAAUUGGGUUCAAUAUAAAAGUUUUUUUUAAUAAUCAUCAUUAUUAGUUUAUAUAUUACGGGCUCCAGAGAGGUGACUAGACCUCCUUGUGAGAUUGGAAUUUAAGAGUUUGGAUGAAAUUCUUGAUGUACUUUAAACUGUGAUUUGAAAAAAUGUCUUCUCAAGUUUUUUAAGAAUGAAAUGUGGAAGUUUUGUAUGUCAUCACAGUUGUGUUACUUUUAAAAAUUUGUGAUUACACAGGAACAUGAUGUCUGAAUAAAACUUAAUCUUAGAGUUUUAAACCUGCAUAUAGGACAUUUUUCAUUUUGCUGCAGAUUUACAUAAAUAAGUUUCUGCAGGACCAGAUUUUUCAUCAGUUCACUCAAACUUCCAGCCGGUCCACUGUUUGUGUUUCAUUGUUUUAUUAUGGCUGCAUAAACUGGCAUUUCCACCUUUGACACUUGAGGUGUGUGUGUGUGUGUGUGUGUGUGUGUGUGUGUGUGUGUGUGUGUGUGUGUGUGUGUGUGUGUGUGUGUGUGUGUGUGUGUGUGUGUGAAAAAGCGUAUUUGUUGCUUUUACCUCUCAGAGGACUCUAACUCCCCUGGAGCUCUUUUGAAAGUGUUAGUGUCCUUUCCAGGAUGACAGCCAGCCUACCUGAUGUCACCCUGCAUGUCCAGCGUGUACGGUAGGCUGGAUGAGGAAAGCAACAGGCAAACACAAAACUUAUUGACACAUAAGGCAUGUUUUUUUUUUCUGUUGGUUAAAACUGCAAUAGCCUUGGUAAUGACAUGAAUUGACAUAAACAUCAGAAGCCAACAGAUUACAGUUUUUCAAUGGCCAAUGCCGAUACCAACAAUGAGAGAGCUGCUAAACCAGUGGCUAUUAUAUAAUGCCAAUAUUGCAUUGCUCUUUUCUCUUUUCUUUUUUAUUUUACAAAAUACAACAGUUAAAAAAUGAUAACAAAGUUGCUGAACAUAGGUAAACAUUGAAACUGGGAAGGCCCCUUUUCAGCUGGGACCUGUGGUCACUCUAGUGUAUGCACAUGUAUUAUGCCACUUGUGCAUAAGUCAGUACCCCUGUACACCUUUCCUAUAAUAAUGUCUUCUUUAUUGUUUGGGUCAUAAUGCACAUUCAACGUUAUCUGGAGAGCAGUAGUCUCACUUAAAACACUUUUUAUUCAUUUAGGCCAUGACCUGUAUGACGUAUGAAAAUUACUGCUUAAUUAAUUUGACUUGACCAUAUAAUACUGUUUUUUUCCGUCUUGAGCGAGAAGCAAAAACAUCACCUGCUGUGGCGAUAAUUAUGAUUUCAUCGCACUUUUAUUUUGAAAGUUUAGAGCGGAAGUCACGUGUAGUAAUGUCUCGUGGCUUGAUGCCGGUUAUUUCAAUGGGAAAUCGCUGACGGAGAUGCUUUGUAACGCUUUGUUCACAGUCGUUUUAAUAUUAACGUGAUUAACAUGACUUUGCCUACAGGCAUUUAACAUUUAAUCAGAGAGAAAAACCGAUGUCAACUGAACCUGGAAAAACAACCAAAAUAAGCUCGAAGUGGGCUAAUUCACAAAAGCGCUGAAUAUUACCAACUCAUCAAUAUCGAGACCAUCCUGUCACCGGCAGGAUAUGGUUGUUUCGUGUUUGGCACACUGGGGAGGAAAGUAUGCGUGCAGAAACACACACACACAAAAACACGAUUUAAGUCGUCGGAUCUCUUUAGCAUGUUUAUCCGCUGCAACUCCUCUUACAUUGGGCCCGUCUCUGGUUACUUAGGAAGCUUGAAACAACUUGCUGUCAAAGAGGACCAUCGCGCAAACACACGUGCAGAGCGAAUUCACAAGCUACAGUGUAGGUCUAAGGGGGAUUAAAACUUCAAUUCAACAUCACCUUAUUGAUUAUUGGUGAAUGCCAGAAAGUUGAAAAAAAGUCUCCAAAACCUCAGAAGCACACCACCCAGUAAUAUAACAGCUUGUUUUGCUCUUUAAAGUGUCUAAAAAGACUAUAUUUGUCCUUUUCUUCUCUUAAAUCACUUCCUUAUGUUCAUAGGCAAUCAGAAAAAACAGUUGGUCAUUCCUCAUGAUUGUUUAGCGAUAUCAUGCAGCUGACUAAUUCACAAAGCACAGGUCACUAGCAGAAUAUGAAGAAAACUUGAAGAGAAACUUUGACACAAUUAUUCUCCUUUGUUUUCUCAAAGUUGCUGGGCUCAUUUUAAACCAAGGACAUCACAGCCACAAGAAAAGUACCUUUGACCUUUAACAACCUCCAGAGAGCAGUGACAGCACUGUGAGUGAAGUUUGAAUCGUACUAAACAGCUUAUAUGAUCACAUUAAAGUGUCAGAUUGCUUCUCAGUCAUUAAAUGAUAAAUGAGUUGAAUAGACAGUUUCUGUAUUUGGCUAUAACAAGACAGCAUUAAGUAUCACUGUGUGCACUGUACAUCACACAUAUGUAACAUCUUCAGAGUCGCGACUGAAGUCAUGAAACAUGUGAAACAUUUCACACAGUUUGACACACAAGUUCACACUCUCAUAUAGGGAGUCACACCACUUACAACUUUAGCUGCAAACUGGGAUGAGUGUGCAGGAGGAGGAGGCAGUUGCUUUGUUUGUUGUAAUGAGGUAUGAGGAAACAGCUGUGCAGUAGUUUGAGUCAUUGAUUGGUCCACUACCAUCAGAAAAGCAGGUGCACAGAUAACUAAUGACCAACCCUCACACACAACAGAGCACCAGUCAAAUGUGAUAUAUAUUUAUGUAACUGUCAUAGGAAUUGUGUAGUACAAACAGUCAUAGCUCUGCUAAUUUAACCCCAGCAGCAACUGCAACAGUCUGCAAGUGUUAGAAAAUGAAGCAAAUGCAGAAAACAACAGCAAAACUCUGCAGCAGAAGCGAUGAAACACCCAUUUACAGCCCAUUUACAUAACACACCUGUUUUUAUAGCUGGUUUAAAAAUGUUUACAGCCUGGUACAAAAACAUGUUUUAAAGCUUUUUCUGUUCAUAAAAGUGUUAUGAGGGGUGAACUCAUCUGCCUAGAUCAGGGGCCUAUUCUACAAAGCAAGUUAGCGAGGUAGCCAGCGGUCUCGCUAAACAGUCUUACGACGCUGGUUAUCAACCUGGUAAGUGGAUCCAGCUUUGCUAUAAGCAUGUGCACACAUGUAGAUAGAGCCCGCCGCAUCUGACCAAUCGCGAACAUGGACCAGUCUGGAGCGUCAGAGCAGGCCAGAGAGUGAACGACUGCGUACUUUACAAAUGAGGAACAGGAGACGAUCAUGAAAAAGUAUGAAGAAUUUAAAUCUACCAUAGACCUCAAAAGCAACACCGUUGCCACUGCAAAAGCACGGAAGGAAUACUGGCAGAAAAAUUGCAGACAGUCUCAAUGCGGAAGUAUAGUGCGGAAAAAAACUUUGAUGCCAUUAUCACCCUGAAAUAGCACUGUUCAACAUGCGCUUUUAACAUGCACCAGACAUGUCUAAUUCAUUUGUUCAUUCCUAUGGUGUUUACAUUUUUGUGUGAUAUGUAGGCCAUAUGAGCCUUUCAUAAAGGUGGUCAUCCGGAAAAGUAAGUGGGUCCAUGGGGUCCCUGAAAAAUCUCGCGCGCCAGAGUGCUCCUCGGACAAUGCGAGCACCGAGGUCUAUAGGAACCUUCAAGAACAGACAAGGCAUUUUUCGAGAGAGCUCAUUGGUCAUUGGUCAUUUUAUUCUCAGUGAGUUCAAUCUGGAACCUAACCUGCCCUGGAGCAGGUUAGCCGUUCAGUUUAUGUUGCAAUGGAGACUCGCCUCACUAAGAAGUGAACCCGCGUCGUAGAACAGGAAACCCCGAACUUACCCUCGAAGUUACCUCGCUAAGCAGUUAUCCCAGGGGUGGGCAAUCAUGUUCCAUGGAGGGCCGAGAGGCUGCAGGUUUUCUUUCCAACCCAAAACUCCACCAGGUGAUUUCACUGAUUAGUCCCUGCUCUCUGCUUGGAGGUAAGAUAAUCUGUGAAAUCACCUGGUGGAGUUUUGGGUUGGAAAGAAAACCUGCAGCCUCUCAGCCCUCCAUGGCACAUGAUUGCCCACCCCUGGCCUAGAUUAUAGCAAGGCCAAAAAUUAUGCAGAUAUUUGCAUAAUGUGGGGUGUGGCUGUCUGUCUGACUGACUGGUGGAUGGGUUGUAGCUUGCCAGUGUACAAAGAUACAUGCUCAGCUGUAUCUUGAAGUGGUUGCUUCCCUUUUUUUUUUUUUUUUUUUUUUCCUUUUUUUGGGGGGGUUGUUGAUUCCCAUUUUCAGCCCAAACUUUUCCUGUCUGCCCUGUUUCUCUACUUACUUUGUUCACAAGCCAUGGCUUGUCUCAUAGCAGCUUUCGGUACAUCUGAUCGACAACAGACUUUGUCAAUAAAUUGAUGCAGCCCAUUAGUCUUUCAAAGACAGGGGUGGGCAAUCAUGUGCCAUGGAGGGCCGAGAGGCUGCAGGUUUUCUUUCCAACCCAAAACUCCACCAGGUGAUUUCACUGAUUAGUCCCUGCUCUCUGCUUGGAGGUAAGAUAAUCAGUGGAAUCACCUGGUGGAGUUUUGGGUUGGAAAGAAAACCUGCAGCCUCUCGGCCCUCCAUGGCACAUGAUUGCCCACCCCUGUUCAAAGAGGUUGAUGUGUGUCAAAAACCUGUAUUCUCACUAAUGACCACUAGUGGGCAACACUGUUCUUUGCAAAAAGGGGUCAAAUAGAUGAUAGGACUUUGUGGUACUUAAUUUAUUCCCCAAACGGAGCAUUUGUGAGUGAAUUUAUGGUAUCAAUCACUAAUUUCAACUUACCUCUCAUUAUUCUUACAAACAAUGUUCAUAUUGUAAGGAAAGUUUAGAACAAGAGAGCUAUUAUUUAGAGGGUGUUUUUUAUGAUUGAUUCAUUCUUUAAGUCCAUCAAAGAUGUAUCUAUAACCAUUCAUAAUUCAGACAUAAUAAUAAGUUUAUUGAUUUAAAAAAAAGAAAAGAAAAAAACUGCCUCUGCUAAGCUGCUAUCCGGCACUGAGUUUCUUUUUGCUUCAUCAAUGAUGACAUCUGAAUCAUUUCAACAGGUUGUCACCAGAGAGGGACUGGGGCCUGUAGUGUCCUCAGCCUAUCCUAGUUCCUCCUGGUCCAACCCUCAGAUGACCACCAUGGCUGACCAUGAAGACUCCAAGAAGAUGAACGGCAGCGCUGGACACUCGCCACAGCCACCCAAAGAGAGCAUGCAGCUCAAGAAGGAGAUCUCGCUGCUCAAUGGAGUCAGCCUGAUUGUUGGAAACAUGAUUGGCUCUGGUAUCUUUGUUUCCCCCAAAGGUGUCCUGAUCUACAGUGCCUCCUAUGGGCUGUCGCUCGUGAUAUGGGCAAUCGGGGGCCUGUUUUCAGUAGUAGGGGCCCUCUGCUACGCUGAGCUGGGCACAACCAUCACUAAAUCAGGGGCAUCUUAUGCAUACAUCCUGGAAUCAUUCGGUGGCUUCAUUGCAUUCAUUCGUUUGUGGACAUCUUUGUUGAUCAUCGAGCCCACCAGUCAGGCAGUCAUUGCCAUCACAUUCGCAAACUACCUGGUGCAGCCACUCUUCCCGACAUGUGAACCUCCAUAUGCAGCAGCCCGGCUUAUUGCUGCAGCCUGUAUAUGUAAGUGCAAGAGUCUGAGUGAUAUUUCAGCUUGAUGUUUAUUUUCCAUCUAAUGUUAUUAGAGCAGAAAAAGUACUUGGGGUUAUUAAGAAAUUGUGUAAUUGCUUAGUUUGUCCAGGAGAGUAAGCAACAACUUCAUAUUCUUCAAUAUUUUCAACCUUCACUGUAGCAUGAGGCAUAUGUAACAGACACCGAUCCACUGUACACUAUAUGAAAAUGUUAUUCUCUCAUUCAAUUCUGAAACUGCUCUCUCUAUUGACAGGCUUACUAACAUUUAUCAACUCUGCCUAUGUAAAGUGGGGCACCCGAGUUCAGGACAUAUUCACCUAUGCCAAGGUGGCGGCCCUAAUUGUCAUCAUCAUAACUGGUAUCAUCAAGCUGUGCCAGGGUGAGUACUGUCACUUAAAUUCUCACUUUUUAUUUCAUUUUUACAUAAAAAAUGUGGACUGGGCUGAGGUUUAUUCUGCUGCUCCAUGGUUCAGUCCUAACCCUAGCCAAGCGCUUGUCCCAUAAUCAGUGUUCAUUUGUCCAACUUUUUGCUGAUACAGGCUGUAUUUAUGGUUCAUGCUCGUAUAAAAAAACACUCUGAGCUCAUUUUGGUUGUGUUGUUUUCCUUUGUUGAAACACCAUGGAUGAAAACUGCCUCAUAAAAAGUUUGUUUCUCGGGUUGUUUGCCCUCCCUCUUUCAGGUUACACUACCAACUUUGAAUCAUCUUUUCAGGGAUCAUCGACAGAUCCUGGCGACAUUGCUCUGGCACUUUACUCUGCUCUCUUCUCCUACUCUGGUUGGGACACUCUCAACUUUGUCACAGAGGAGAUCAGGAACCCUGAAAGGUGCAUUAAUCCUCUGUCUGUGUUGAACACUAAGGGCUCUAUAUUCGUGCCUCGCCGGAGACGUGCCGCAGGUGCGGCGUAAGUCAGGUCCGCCGCGUCGACAAGGCGUUCCCAAGCACAAUUUGGUAUUUUGGUGAGCGGCGCAGCCCAGCGUAAGUAUCCCCCCUCCCUAACUUGGCUCCUCCCAGCGGCGUAAGCCGUAGCGAGGGAGGAGAGAGGGCGUGGAGUGAGUUUAACACAGCCGAGACCUGUAUUGACCAAUAACAUCAGCUCCUCUCCUCACCUUACAAUUUUACAAUUUUUUACAAUUUUAGUGAAGUAGCAAUGCCACACGAUGGCGACAGAAGGCAGCCCCUCAACAAGUGUCACUGUAAGCGCUGCAGAGGGCGUCCGCCACACUCUUUCAUAUCAGCACAGAUGGAUUUGGUGUGUGUAAGUUUGGACCCACUGGUAAGACAAACACCCUUUUCCACAAAUAAAGACACUCACAUUAAGUUGCAUAUAUUCAAACCUCACGUGACAAAGGUGGGUUGAGCGCACAGAUCACAACAUAAACUCCAAUAAUGGCAUUAAAAUCGGAACCAUCUGUGCGUAAAUGACGCAUCGUGCUCCGUGGCCUGGCUCUUUCUUUCAUAGAUGUUGGCAUAUAAAAUAAAUUUGGCUCACUAAACUGAACAUUAUAAUAUUCGUAUGUAGGCUUAAAGUAAAUAACUCAUCUGAUCACCAAAACAAAUCAUCUGUUCAGCUGCCGCAGCAGCAGCUGCAGCAGGGUGGGGAGAGGACACGGAGACAUGUCCAGGUCGAGCUGCACGAGAAAUAAGAGGAAGAAAGAAAGGGGAGGGAGACGAAUUACAUAUUUUGUUAACUUCAUCGUGUGUCUAUUUACUAGAAAUUUAAUUUAAUUAAUGCGGUUUCAGCGGUCAGGUUGUGUGUCCAAACACGUGCCAAACGCGCUCAUCAGAUAAGAUAUAGAACAGAAUAUAUCUGUAUAGAUCUAAAUGUAUGUGCUGACUCAGAUUAAUAGUUGUUGUUGAUUAUUUAUUGCACUGAAAUGUGCCUGACACUGUGGAAACCUGCUGGUGAGGCAUCGGUGACGUAUGCUGAUACGCCGCAGGUCUACCAAAAUAUCACUAGACCAGCUGCGCUCCGCCUGCGCUGAAAGCUGACCAGGUUUGAAUCGGCGAGCUUUCAGUGCACUUUAUACGCCACCGGCGAGCACGAAAAUGUCACUGCGGCAGCUGAUUCUGUCGACACCUCCCCCUGCCGCGCCACCACGCCCAGCUUGGCGGACCUCGGUGCGCCUCAGUCCACAACAAUACCAACCUGGCUGUACGCCGGGCUCCACCAGACAAAAAUACCACUGCGCUGGGUCCUCCACCCUUUGCUGCCUCACCGGCGGACACGAAAAUAGAGCCCUAAGUGUUGGGCAGAAACAGGUCAGAAUAUUUGAACCAGGUGUUGUUGUUGCUUCAGGAAUCUACCGCUGGCCAUUGGCAUCUCUAUGCCCAUCGUCACCAUCAUCUACAUCCUCACCAAUGUGGCCUACUACGCUGUCCUAGAUGUCAGUGCUAUAGUGGCCAGUGAUGCAGUGGCAGUGGUAAGUAAAAUAGAUGUAAAAUGAAUGUGUGAGAAGGGAAAACAGCUGCUAAAGCAAACUGUGUUUGUGUCAGACUUUUGCAGAUCACACUCUUGGUGUGAUGAGCUGGAUCAUUCCCAUUGCUGUGGCUCUGUCCUGCUAUGGUGGCCUCAACGCCUCCAUUAUAGCUGCAUCCAGGUAAAGUGUACAUAUGUAUAUGCAAACACAGGUCAGAGCAGCACUGGAAAACAUGAGCUAUUUGUAUAAUUUUCAUAAAUUCUGAAGAUGUUUAGUUCUACAUCUAACUUCAUUUUUGUCAUCUAGGUUGUUCUUUGUUGGUUCUCGUGAGGGUCACCUUCCAGACGCUCUGUCCAUGAUCCACAUACAGAGAUUCACUCCCAUCCCUGCUCUAAUCUUUAAUGUAUGUAUAAUGAUAAAUUAUACUAGAUGCAGAGGAAGGUUAGAGAAGCAGGAUGACAUCUUGACCAUGUCUCCUCCUUUGUUCUUAUAAAUUCCAAACCAACCGUCUCUUUUCUUUUACUCUUGCUGUUGUCCUCCUGUUUCCACCCCGUUCCCCCUCUUUCUUCGUCUCUUUGUUUUCUUCUAUCCGUGUAGCUCUGAGGGACUUCCACACUAGAGCUGAAAUGUGAAUUAUAGCAGACAAAGUUCAGGAAACUUUCACUUCAUUGUAGUGACAGUGUCUGUGAUGUUCUGCCUCCUUAUUUAGCAAUAAUUUGACAUUUAAAAAGUAUUGAGAAUUUAGCUGUUAUUAAAAAACAAUCUCCCAACAUUCAUAGAAAUCUUUGACUGUGUUUUAACUUUUUCCUGUCCUCUCUGCGGAUGCCUCUCCAGUGUGUGAUGUCACUGAUCUACCUCAUAGUGGAGGACGUCUUCCAGCUUAUCAACUACUACAGCUUUAGUUACUGGUUCUUUAUGGGCCUGUCCAUCGCCGGGCAGAUCUAUCUUCGCUGGAAGGAGCCGGACAGACCCAGACCACUCAAGGCGAGACUAGAUUAAGCACACAGUGUUUAACCUCAAGCAUCCAUUCAAGCAUCCUUUUUUUUCAACUUUCUGUCCCCUUUCUCAGUCAACACCAAUUUAUCUGCACAAUUUAAAUAUCUAAAUGAUUUUUAUAUUCCUGUGCUGAGCAGUGGUAGAUGAGCUCUGUAUUAUGAACAGAUGAGCAUGUUAAAAUGUUACUCAACUUAAUGCUGAAGAGGUUAAAAGAAUACAUACAGGUUAAUACAGGUAUUAUCCGGAGAAUUUAAAAAAAAAAAAAAAAAAAAUUCAGAAUUUCCUCAUAUUAAUCUGACCAGAAAAGUGUCUUUCCUGAUUUCUUUCCUUGCAGCUUACACUGGCGUACCCUGUGAUCUUCUGUCUGUGCACAAUAUUCCUGGUGGCCGUCCCCCUCUACAGUGACACCAUCAACUCCCUGAUCGGCAUCGGUAUCGCUCUGUCAGGAGUUCCUGUCUACUUCCUGGGUGUUCAUCUGCCGGAGUCCAAACGACCGCCCAUCAUCACCAAACUGCUGCGUAAGUUUACUGCGCACACAGCAUCUUCUGGCCUCAGGGGCGUGCAUUGUUUUGAACUGUGUGAAUUAACAUGUGGCUUUUUGCAGGUUCUCUGACCCACUUCACUCAGCUCACCUGCUUCUGUGUACUCACUGAGUUGGACAAAAGUGAAUAAAACUCUUUACACUCACGAACUUUACCCAGAAGUCUCUGCUUCCUACCUGCAGGCAGUCCCAAAGGGAACCGAUGAGGAAUUAUUAUUAGAGUCUUUUGUACUGGAACUGACUUGUUUACAACACUGAAAUGCUGCCUCAUGAUGCAUAGAGUCACUUACUGAUCUAAUCCCAGACGUUCAGCUGCAGACACAUUGUAUACAGUUUAAUGACUUAAUCACACUAUUGAAUGACCUUAAAUAAGAAGAAAUUGCCUUUUGUUUAACACUUCAUUGUAUAUAUAUAUAUAUGUGUACAUAUAUAUAUAUAUAUAUAUAUAUUGUAACUAAAAUGUGGCUGUGAGAUUUUACAGAUGCUUACACAACCAAAUCAACCUGAUAUCAAUGCAACACAGUUUACUCGAAAUUUAAGCAGUUUAAACAGACUGAAGGUCUGUGCAGUAUGUGUGUAGUGGGUCUGAAAUCCCUUCAGUGCAACCUCAAUUCUGGGUGAAAAAAGGAAUUCAUUGAUUUUGUCUGCUGCUGUAUGACGACAGAUCAUCCUGAUGGUUUUGUUCCUUUAAUGUUUGUCAAGUUAAAUGUCAUUGUUUGCCUUUUUUUUUCUUCUCAAGUGUCCUUGUUACUUUCUAAAUAUUUAAAUUCAUAACUUUUCUCCAUCUAGUAUUUUUUAACAACUUCUGUAAAUGUCCAAAGCACUUCAGCCAAAGCGGGUAUAACACUAUCUGAGGUUGUUUGUUUGCUUUGAGCUAUGUGGCACCAAAUGGCUUUUUUCAGUUUCCACAAAGUGCUGUAUUUAGGACACCAAGAGAUGUUCAAACUCAGGUCAAAAUAGACACAAAGGUAUCAUUUGUAGCACUAGAUCAGUACCCAAUGUUUUGAACAUCUUCUGUUCUUUGUCUCAUGUCAAGAUACUUUUAUUAAAGAGUUGAGUAUUUAUUGGGGAAAAAAUGUAAGCAGACAAUGAAAUCUUAAUUUUGCAAGACUUGCAAAGAAAUAAGAAAUAAAUUAAGUAAGAAACUGAGUUUUUGUCAAGUUCUUCUGUGUUAAGUCCAUCUAUAAAAUGCUUUCAGGUGUGCUUUAAAGCAGAUAUAUGAAGAAAAUGAAGUCAAGAGUAAAUGAAGCUGGAAUGUGACAAUUUAUUAUUAAUGUUAAUAUUAAAGUAAAGUCAGUAUUAAAAGAAUAAAGUGUUGAUAAAGUGAUAGUUUUUGGAGACAGUGAGCAGCCAGGCUUCUGUACCAAAAAGAAGAAUGUGAAUUGUCUAGUUCAAGUGUCUCUCAUGUUUUGUAUCCUCAGCUCCGCGUUGUUAUGAGUAUCAGGACUUGAAAAGAUUGAGCAAAAAGCUGAGAUGUUAAUAUAUUUCACAUCUUGUCCAUUAAAAUAUCCUGUGAUAUAAGAUAAAAAUAAAAUGGAAUUCCAUAAAAGCAGAGGUCAAAGGCUAAAGGGGCUGACAUUUCCCGGCAGGUUCUUAGGGAUUUUGAGAUCAGGUUGUUGUUUUGUGGUUAAGAGAAUGUGAAUCACAGGAAAUUUUUAAGAGUUUGGAUGAAAUACUGCCUGACUGAUCUACAAAGAGAAGGUUGUAGUUUUAAAGGAAUAUAAUCUCAAACAUGAUUACUUACUUAAACAUGGACAAUAUGGUGAAUACAAAAAAAUGAGUCUUUGUAGUUGAAAAUAAAUUAGGGACAAGUAAUGUUCAACAGGCUUCACUGGCCCAAGAUAGUGCUGUAUAGAAUUAGAUUGCUGUGAAAGCUUAUUUCGUACUGUAUAUUCUGGACCUGUCCAACGCCACAGUACUUAGGAGUCCAUUUUUGAUUCUCUCUCUGAAAUAAUAGAGGUGCCUACAGAUCCAGCCCCUCUCACUGCCUUGUUCAGGAUCACGUCACAGAAUACGCAUCUUCAAAAAUGGAAAUGUAAUAUGCUGGCUUUCUGCACCUUGUUGGCCAUACACCUCAUACUGUUUAAGUGGAGAAACCCUCUCCCCCCCCUAAACCUCUUUACUGGAUUAAAGAGAUUAUGCAAUACAUCAAACUGGAGAUACCCUCAUAAAGGGUCUGACCUGGAAUUUCAUGAAACCUGGAGGUCUGUCCUGAUGUUUGUUGAAAAGAUGGGAGUAAAAAAUGUAAAUUCAUGAUGUGUCCUUUUUCUGUGUGUUGUCUAAUAGCAGUGUAUUUUAAUGAUUUUUCUAUACUCCAUGCACUCCAUUUUAUGAAUUGAUUUGUUGAUGAUUGAUGGUUCAGCUGAGAAACUAAAUUUCCCUCAGGAUAUCUACCUACCUAUAUCUACCUAUCACUGACAGUAACUUUGCCUGAAAUUUCUUGUGGAUGGGUUUAUGGAUUUGUUUGGUGUUUUGUGAACUUUUUUGGGACUGGAUUGAACUCAGAGACUGUAUAAUACUGCUUUGCCACGUCUUUGUAGACUGUGAAACACCUACAAUAAUGAGGCCUUCAGCAAUAAAUAUAGAUGUAUUAAUAACUCUUUAUUUGGAGGGUCCACCUGUCGACACUCUACAUGCCACAGAGCAUAUUUAGUUGCAUGUCAAUAGUGUGUUGUACUGUUGUCAACAGUUUUCUCUUUAAUUGGAUAGUCUUAACACAUGUCUACAAAUAUUUAGUGACACAUGUCUGCAAAUAGUCUGCUGAUAGUUUAUAGACUUUGUACUCUUGUCAACUCGUUUUCACCUUAACUGGGGAGUCCUAACUCUUGUCUGCAAAUACUGAGUCAAGAUUGUGGACUGAGUCUGUCGGUGGUUCCAACAUACAGAUUAAUUUAGAGUAGUUGAUUGUCAACAAAAGAGAAGUUGACCAUAUUCUGACAGUUUGUUGAAUAUCAACAACCUAUCACACAAAAGCACAAUAAUGGCAAAAUGUUGGAAGUUGAAAAGCACCUAAAGUUUACAUACAGUUUCAUGUAUCUUGCUUGUCUGUUGGAAAAAAAAAUAUUAAAUUUCAAUUGACACUUU